AUGCCACGACUCAAGAAACUUGUUGUGGCCAUCUCGCCGGCCACAUUAAUACACGAAAUCCAGACGACCAGCGGCAAGCGGACGCCUGCAGACACUUCGACAGUGGUCUCCAGUAUCAGUGAAAGAGACGCCGCUGUCUUUGAUCAUGAUCAGCAACGGCUGCAAACGACGGCCAAGGGGGACAUUGUGUCAGAAGAUGGUGACAAGCAGCCUGUUGACUCGGACGAAAACGCAGCGACAGAAACACACCAGAAAGAAGGAGCGCGGCUUGGUGCAAGUGGAAGAAGUAUCAGCGACGAAUAUGACGACGGGCAUCGGGGCGACUCGUCGUUCCGUAGCACCAGGGAUCCUCAUCAAGAUGAUGUCGUAGCUCAGAGGAGCACUCGAAGACAUGAUCCUUCGUCAUCAGAGGCGAGAAGCACCUCCUCCUCUUCGAGGAGCGGAGACCAACAGACAAGGCGGCAUCGAAAGAGGAGUCAGAUGUCAUCAGCAUCAAGUAGAAGAAUAUCAUCAAAAAUGAUUGAACAUGACCAAGAGCAAGAAACAGUGGAUACUACUAGUAGUAGUACGCCACUCGGAGUGCAAACGACACCAGGCGCAUCAGAACAACUGCUCGAACUAGGAGUUAGAAGUUCCUCAAGGGCCAGCGGGGAAAGUGCAGCGUCGCACGUACAGGCAACGACGAGUAAAAGUGUUGUAACUGCUCCGGACCCCACACAUUUUCUGAAAAGCUCGUCCACCUUCGCUUUUCUGUUCGGGUACCUAGCGACCUUGGGCUUUUUCGGGAUGGUGAAGGGCUACAACGAGCGCGAAACCGAAAAUCAGCGCAUAAAGCAACAGAAUCUCGAGAUCGAAGAGGAAGGUUUGAAUGCCAGACUUGUCUACAUCUCAAAUGACGGCGACAGGGACAGGAGCGGGAAUAGCACGCAUGCUGCGUCAACAUCGAGGGAUGCAGCGCCACAACCAAAAGCACGCCUAAAAAGAUAG